ACCAACCAUCUUCAUUCCCUAAUCAGGCUAGUCAAUAGGCAAUCUCACCAGGUAUCACCAAAUUUCAACCAGAGCUUUGAGUAUACUCAUUCCUUACCAUACUAUAGUCCUUUCCUUUCUCUAUCAAGUGUAAACAAACACCCACGUCAGGCUCACUGCUCACUACUUUCCUUUUCCAUAGUUGAAGAUACACAAUACUAUCAUUUACAAUGAGAUUUUCUACUGUCCUUGCCCUUGCUGCUGGUGCCCUUGCUGCCCCAGUCGUUGUCACUGAAACGGAGGUUGUCUGGGUUACUGCAGGUUCCGAAGAAACCACUGCUGAACCAGUCCCAACCACCACACCAGCUCCAAAGGUUGGUAAUGUCAUCGAGGUUCUUAUUUCUCAACUUGUUGUUGUUAACGAUGACAAAACUGUCACCUCUGAGUACACCUACACCCAAACCAAAGAGGCCCAGACAACCACAAAGGCUGUUUCCGAGACUGCUAGUGUCGAGACACCAUCUACUACAAAGCCAACUACAACUUUGACCCCAACCACCACCGCUUCUCCAACCACCACCACCACACCAACCACCUCUACUACACCAACCACCUCUACUACACCAACCACAACCACUACACCAACCACCUCUACUACUCCAACCACCACCACUACACCAACCACCACCACUUCUUCAACAUCCACCAAGGCUACUACUAGUGCCACCGCUACCGAGACUGCUGACUCUUCUUUCGCCUCUGCUAUCUUGGCCGCACACAACGAGAAGAGAGCUCUUCACGGUGUCUCUGACUUGUCCUGGUCAUCUGAAUUGGCUGCAUAUGCUCAAGCCUACGCUGAUAACUACGACUGUUCCGGUACUUUGACUCACUCUGGUGGUAAGUACGGUGAGAACUUGGGUUUGGGUUACACCACCACCGGUGUUGUUGAUGCUUGGUACAGCGAGAUCUCCGACUACGACUGGAGCAACCCAUCUGGUGACCACUUCACCCAAGUUGUCUGGAAAUCAACCACUCAAUUGGGUUGUGGUUACAAGGUCUGUGAUAACAUCUGGGGUCAAUACACCAUUUGUUCUUACAACCCAGCUGGUAACUACGCUGGCCAAUACGCUGCCAACGUUUUGCCAUUGGUCUAAACACACUUUUAUAUCCCCAUGUAUUUUUUUAUGACACUCGUUUAUGAUCAUCCAACUGAAAAAAAA